AUGCAGACGGAGGAGGAGACGGCCACCGCUGAAGAGCCCAUUUUGGAGGACGGGUCAGGACGAGAGCAGCAGCGUCCAGUGCAGCAGUCCCUGGCCUCCUCCCUGUGUCGGGAGUCUCACUGGAAGUGCCUCCUCCUGACCCUCCUCAUGUACGGCUGCUUCGCCACGCUCGCCUGGUGCGCUCUGUGUCGCGUCCCUGUCCUCGGCUCCUCCUCCUCCGUUCCCCUGGGUUCUGACGACGACGCCACCUCGGCGGCCUACUACAACGACAUCCUGCACCUGGAGAGCCCGUGCUCCAGCGGCUACGUCUACAUCCCGCUGGCCUUCCUGGCGAUGCUUUACGUGGUUUACCUGGUGGAGUGCUGGCACUGCUUCUCCAAGACGGCAAUGUUGGCUCAUGCUGAAUUCCAGGAGGUGUACGAGCGCGUGCAGAGGCUUCAGCAGGCCACGCCCUGCAUCUGGUGGAAGGCCAUCAGCUAUCACUAUGUCAGGAGGACCCGGCAGGUGACCAGGUACCGCAACGGAGACGCGUACACCACCACACAGGUGUACCAUGAGCGGGUGAACACUCACGCCUCCAGCUCAGAGUUUGACUACGCCCGCUACGGUGUCAAGGACGUGUCGAAGGAGCUGCUGGACCUGCAGCUGCACCCUGCGGUCCGUCUACGCUUCACCAAGUGUUUCAGCUUCUCCAGUGCACGUGCUGAAGCUGCCUACCUCACCCAGCGAGCGCGCUUCUUUGGGGAGAACGAAGGACUCGACGACUACAUGGAGGCCAGGGAGGGGAUGCACCUGAAGAACGUGGAUUUCCGUGAGCACAUCCUGGCUUUCCCUGACCCGACCCGGCAGCCCUGGUUCUCCCGGCACAAAGUCUUCUGGCUGGCAUCGACGUUCCUGCUGUCCUGGCCGCUGCGCGUGGUGUCAGAGUACCGCACGGCGUACGUCCACUACCACGUGGAGAAGCUGUUUGGUGAGGACGAAGAUGGUGGUGGCGGCGGAGGAGGAGGUGGUGUAGGAGGGCCAGGUGGGGGAGGAAGAGGGGAUGGGGUUGAAGGAGGGACUGAGAAUGGACUCCAUCCUGGAAUCAACGGGACGAGUUACAGAGCCAUCUCUCGGGUCAACACGGUGGACAUGACUGAGCUGGAGUGGCACAUCCGCUGUAACCAACAGAUGGUGCCGAGCUACUCCGAAGCCCUCCUGAUGGACUUGGACAUGAGCGGGGGGACAAACCCCACCGCCUCUACGCCCAUCUCUGGGCCCGCAAGCUCCACCCCCAGCCAAGGGCCCAACCCGCCUCCUCUCGCUCUGCCCGUCGUCUUCAACUCGGCUUACCUACUCCAGAGCUGCCCCCGCUGCCGGAGGACCACGUCCAGCUCUAGCCUGCCCUCCAGGCUGAGGGCCCCCAUGGGAACCACAGCCCUCCUGAACGCUACCGUGGCAGGGAUCAGGGCAGCGGGGCAGGGGGGCGGAGGUAUCGGAGGGCGGUUGGUGCUCAGUCGGAGCGGGUUCUCUCUGGGGAGACUGGCAGCAGGGCGCCCCAGCAGCCUGUUUCAUUCAAGAAGCAUGGGAGGAGGGCUCGGAGGGAGCAGAGAAGAUGGAGGAGGGAGUGGAGGAGGAGGGGGGGGAAGCAGUGGGGGAGGAGGAUUCCUUGGUUUGGGUUCAAGGCAGGACAACGAGGAGACCAGAGGAGUGCUGGAAGGAGAAGGGGAUGAAGAAGAGGAGGAGGAGCAGCAGCAGGAGGAAGAGGCGGCGGUGGUGGUGAUGAGACGGGAUCAGGGAAGAGGAGGCGAAGAAGCAGAGCAAGACAGUGCAGGCGAGGGGAGGGAGAGUGAAGGGGGAGGGAGGGAGCGCCCUCCCUCCUAUCAGGACGCGUUCUUCUUUCCCGUCCUCAUUAUACACGGAGAGGAGAGCUGCCACGCCGGAGACGACAUGUGAUAAUAAACAUUUACAUUAAGAGCAAGAAAGUCUGAGCAGAGGCCGAGGGAGAUGAAAGGACGCGCUCAACACAAAGACAAGAGUGGAUCAGAGAGGGAAGGCAAUAAGAAAUGAUGGAAUGAAUGACAUGAGAACAGAUGAAGUUGAAAGAACUAUAGAGAGAAGAAAUGAUUCAGGCAGAACAAAGCGUUAAACAGAUAAGAGCAGCUGUGUGAAACAGAAUAACCAAUGAAACAAGGGGGGGACGAGGAUAUGUACGGGGGAGCGAUGCAUACAGUACAGGAAACACACUGGUUCAGAUGAGCUGGCUUGUGCAACAGCAAAAUAAUACAAAGUCUGAUGCUGUGUUCACACCUAGCGCAUAGCAACGUUCUCGAGUGAAAAGAUACUGAUAAACAUCUUAAAUGAUGGUGAGGUAAUAUCAUCAUCACUUUUAACUUUACGUCAAAAUCGAUGUGGACGGACAUAUCUAUGCCUUGGAGAUGAAGCAGCUAGUGUGUUGCCCUCAUCCAUCCAAACUCCAUUCAGGCAAACAAGCAUUUUAAAAUGUGUUGCUUGUCCUUUCGCGUACAGACCUAACAUAGCAUCAACCUAGACUUUUCAUAUAUUAAAGUUGUUAUUUCAAAAUCUUUUGGAGUAAUUUAUUGCACUUUGGUAAUCCGGACUAAUUCCCCUAUUCAAUCUACGUGUACGGUGUGAACAUAGCAUGAGAAUGAGUUAAGCCAAGAAAGUACUUGAAUACUGUAGACUUUGCUGCACUAAGAUAUUGAGAAAGAGGGGAGGGGGGACAGAAAGACUGAAAACAUGGGAAUGUAUAUUUCCAGAUUUAUCUAUGCAAGAAAAUGAGUGAGAGGAGUAACGGGUCGAAAGAGUUCAAUUAAAAGAGGAAAUGCAGAAAGAACUUCUAAAUAUUUCAGAUGACAUCACAAAGGGUUACUAAUUCAGUGUGAGGAAGUCAAAGGAGAGAAUCAAUGAUGCGUUUCUGUAAUACAAAAUGACAAGUGGGGAAAGAAGAACAUUCAAAAUAUUAGGACAGAGACAAUAAGCAAAGAUGAAUAGUAGAACACAAACGCGACCAUGACAGACCAGGUUAAUCUACAUAUGUUUUUUAAUUGAAAGACCACCUCAAGAGGAGGAGAAAAACUAAAACAGACCAAACUUACGAGCAGCAACCCUUACCUGCAAUAACAUUCACACAGUCCUCCAGUUAAUACAAAUAAAGAUCCCAGGCUUUACAGGUUCACUUUACAACAUCGUGCGGCAUCU